CAUUAACCCCACAACUAACACCACCUUCUCCAUUCUACUCUUUCACUACCUAUAUUUGACCUGGUUCAAAUCUCUCCCAACAUUUUUUUAUCCUUCCUUGGACUUCCCACGUUCCAAAUCACAGAGCUUGAGGAACCCAAACUCCAAAUCCAGCUGAUUUGAUUGAGAUAAAAGCACCAAAAUGGACCAUUUUGGACUCAAAAUUUGAUGCCCAAAGUUCAAAGUUAGGAUCUUUUUCGCUCAAAAAUUGAUCUUGAUAGAAAAAAACAAGCAGCCCAAGCUCAAAAAUUGAUCUGGAUAGGAAAAACAGGAAGACCAAGCUCAAAAAUUGAUCUUGAGAGCUAAAACAGGAAGCCCAAGCUCAAAAAUUGAUCUUUAGAGCUAAAACAGGAAGCCCAAGCCAAGUUCAAGGUUGAGAUCUUUUUCUCUCAAAUAUUGAUCUUGAAAGUUCAAGUCGAGAUCUUUUGGGCUCAAAAUUUGAUCUUGAUAAGAAAGAGAAGCCCAAGUUCAAGGUAGAGAUCCUUUCCGCUCAAAAAUUGAUUUUGAUAAGAAGAAAGAGAAGCCCAAGUUCAAGGUUGAGAUCUUUUCCGGCUCAAAAACUGAUCUUGAAAGAGAAAAAAGAAGCCCAAGUUCAAGUUCAGGCUCCAAGUUGAGAUCUUUCUUUCUUCUUCUUCUUCCAUGGUGAUGAGAUUCGGGAGCAGGAAUUGAGGUGGUGGGCGGGGACGUAUGUGUGGAUCAUGGAUCAUCCGAAUGCAGCGGCUUCAGCCCUCGGUCACGGCGGGCAUUCGUUACCACCUCCCUUUCAAACGAGGGAGCUAAAUCUCUCAGAGGAUGAGACCAGCGGGAACAACGGGCUAGGGAAGGGCAAAAAGAGAGAGCACGGAGACAUGAUGAACAACAACAAUGACAACAACAGAUCUUCAGGCGGUGAAGAAGGCGAAGCGGGCAGAAAAGCCCGAGGGCGGCCGCCGGGGUCGAAGAACAAGCCGAAGCCGCCAAUAAUUAUAACACGGGACAGUGCAAAUGCGCUGCGGGCGCACGUGAUGGAGAUCGCAAAUGGGUGCGAUGUGGGCGAAAGUGUAGCGACCUUUGCACGCAGGAGGCAGCGGGGCGUGUGUAUUUUGAGCGGCAGCGGAACCGUGACCAAUGUGACCCUGCGCCAGCCGGCUGCCCCCGGCGCAAUUGUCACUCUGCACGGCCGCUUCGAAAUUCUUUCAUUGUCCGGCUCCUUUCUGCCGCCGCCGGCGCCACCCGGGGCAACCGGGUUGACCAUCUAUUUAGCCGGCGGGCAGGGGCAGGUUGUGGGGGGCAGCGUGGUGGGAGCUCUUGUGGCUUCUGGCCCUGUGCUGGUCAUGGCGGCCACCUUCAUGAAUGCUUCAUAUGACCGCCUGCCUCUUGACGACGAAGAAGCUGCUCAGCUGCAGAUUCAGGGCCCCCCUGGACCUCCCCCUAUGUCCCUCAAUCCUCAGCAGCACCAGCAGCAUAUGACCGACCCCUCGUCUAUGCCCAUGUACAACGUGCCGCCUAAUCUUCUUAACUGCCCGCUGCCCCCCGAUGCUUAUGCCUGGGCUCAGGGCCGACCGGGACCCUACUGAAUCAAAGAAAGAUCGAAUUUUGCUUGCAAUCAGAAAAUCAAUCUCCAUUAAGGUCGGCAAUAAUUCUGUACAAAUCAUACCAUUCAGGUGUUGCUUGUGCUUUAUUAUUUUUUUUCCUUUCUUCUUCUUCUUCCACCGACUGAUGAUUCAAAACUAGGUUUAGUUAGUUAGCUAGCUGGCUGGCUCGUUUAGCUUUAGCUUUAACCCAUGUUUCUUCUUUCCAGAAAUGAUUUAUGAUUUUGAGAGAGAGCAUGUAUUUCUUACUCACUCACUCACUUCCAUGAAAAAAGGAAAAAAAAAAUUCCUGUGUUUUUUUGUUUUCAUGAAUCAGCUUUCAGUUUCUC